AUGGGAAUAGGAUGGCUCAUUGCCAUGACGUACUGCAGAUCCAGACCAUUGCUUACCGCUGUCAAGCUUGCUCUGCUGGUCGUUGGCUCCUCCGUUGAUUGUUUCGACGGAAAAGUUCUGCAACGGAACGCCCGGCCCGAGCACACGCUGUAUGAAUGCCUGCUGGUCGCUGUACCUAGCGUACUGCUCCAGGAAGGACGCGAAAGCGACCAGGUUCCCAGUGUUUGCAGGCUUGUAGUUGACCCUGUACAGCGUCCGCAGGCACAGGGGCGUCACGCCCGACUCGUUGCAUGCAGCCUUGACCGACCCGGGCCCCGUGGCCGGCGGGUCAGCCAUGACCUGAAAGCCGACCGUCAGCGCCUUCAGCUGCUCCUCGUCAACGUCGUCCUGCCUGAAGAUGUGCGACGCCUGGCCGACGGGCCCGCCGAACCGCGUCGUGGGCUGCACGAGGUCUACGUGCGGCGCCACCGCGUCGUCGACGCCGUACGAGAGCGUCCGCAGCUGCAUCGUCUCGCCCGGUCCGGCGUACCAGCCAAAGUCGGCGCCGAGCAGUCUGUCGGCCGUCCCGACCGUCGUGCGCAGCGUCACCCAGUCGUGCUCGACGCUGUAGUCGUCGACGCCAUUCUCGACCAGCCACGACGUCACGCUGCGGACCGCUCGCGGUGUCGGGGCCGUGUAGGACCGCAGCUCGUCGUGCGUCAGGUGCUGCCCGUACUUGGCGUGCCUCGGGUCCGAGACCUGCAGCACCACCUGCUCCAGGGCCGCCGCCUUCUGCUGCCGGAGGGCGAUGCGGAGCGUCAGCGGCUCCGUGGGGUCUGCCGCGUGCGAGUACGACCAGCCUCUUGGAGGACGAGGCAGACUGUCAAGGACGCGGCCGGUGGCGAGGGAGGCCAAGAGGCCGAGGUGAACGAGGAUGCGGUCGAGCAUGGCGACUUUGCCGAGAUUUUUUUGCUUUUAUCUUUUCUGGCCCAAGGUUAUAACUGGCGACUUGAAGGAACGAAGGUCUAA